CAUUUUUUAACCAAAAUAAUUUAAAGUUUUCCCUAAAUUUUAUUAAAAUUGUACAAUGUCUGCAUCACUCGAUUCAAACUUAGAUCCGAUGGAAGAAAUACGCUUUCGAAAAAAACAUGGUGCUAUGUGGAUAGAGAUUCAGAAGGAGACACACUUUAGUUUUGACGAACUUGAACAAAUUAUGGUAAUUUUUUUCAAGAUUCAAAAGCGCGAUGAGAAGCCGGCGGCAUCGGAUUUAAUAUCGAGGGCACAUUUUAGAGACGUUCUGCACACUGGCCUGGGGAUGACAGACUCUUAUAUGAUGGAGCGGGUGAUGGUAGCCUUAGACCGUGGUACUUCACCAUUUGUUACCAUGGCAACUUUCGCCAAAGCAAUAUCUCUCUACUUGAGAGGAACGUUGGAGGAACGAAUUUCCUACGCGUUUACGUGCUAUGACUUGCUGGGUGAAGGGUAUUUAAGGAGGGAAACGAUGUAUCAAUGUAUGAAGAAGAGCAUCGCAAAAGCUUCCCGUGAUGACGAUGUCGAAGAAGCUGUCAAGGAGUUCGUGGACAUUAUGUUAAAACGCAUGGACACAGAUGUAGAUGGCGUGAUCAACUUCGAUGACUUCCACAAGUCGGUGACGAAAACACCUUCAUUAUUGGAAAGUCUCGGGUAUUGUCUGCCGGAGAGACCUGCUGUUUACUCCUUCUUGGCUACUUGGUGUCCUAAUUGGGCCAAAAUGUAAAUUACUUAUAAGGAAUUAAAAAUAACUUUGAAUAUUGGCUACAAAGCGUGAUUUUCCGAUGACGUUUAAUCCCGAAUUGAGUUUCUACAUAAAUUUUAACAUGUACAUGGAAUAUAACCAUCUAAAAAUUAUCAUAGCAAUUUUUCAUCCUCUUGUAUAUGUUAAAUUUUUACUAAAGUAUACUUCUUAUAAAUAGUAUAAUCAACCUUCUAGUUAUAUGCUGAAUAGCGGAAUAUUCGAAACAAAUAUCCAACCAGCGUAUCAUUAUCACAGUAGAAAUAUUUAGUCAUUUAUUACUUGAAUACACAUAUACAUUUAGCUAUUAAACUUUGGUUUGACUCUAAACGUCUAAAUAUGUAUAGGCAUUUUCCAAGAAAUAGUUAUGCUUUUAAAUUGUAACUCAUUUAUUGCGUAGUAAAUAAUAUAAUCAAAA